AUGGCACUGAAUGUGGAGAGGAUCAUUGAGUGCAUCAAGCAAGGGGACCAGGACAGCGUCCAGGUGCAACUGGACAGCUACAAUACCAAAUAUGCCGACUGCUUCUUCUUUAAUGUCGAGGAGAGGGAGAGAAGAAAGCAGCGAGAACUGGAGGAGUUCAGGAAGAACAAAGUCAGGGAGUUUGUUCCUGACUCUGAUUCGGAUUUUGACUCGUGCUCAGAGGACGAUGACCCCGAUCUCCUUCUCCGCCGGAGGUUGGCCACGGCACUGUUGUGCUUCAUCCAGAGCCAUCUUCAGCCGGGGGUGUUGCGGGUGUGCCUUCGCACCCUGCGUAUCCUCUCCCGUGACCGGCAGGCGCUGGGGCCCUUGAUCACUGACAGCUCCAUUCUCACCUUGGCACACCUCGGGGGCAUCAGCUCCCUGCCACUGCACCAGCACCGUGGGGUAGAGGAGGAGAAGAAGGAGAGGGAGAAAGAGGGCAACGGUUGUGUGGGCGAGUGUCACCACCAGACCCACGGGAGCGCAGUGAAUAGCUCUUUGGGGACCCAACACGGUAACGCGGGCACCUUGGGGGUCCAACACUGCUACGAUUCAAGGAGUUCAGGAGGAAACAGUGUGUUGGCCCGUGGUAAAAGGGAUGUGAGGGAAGAAAGGAGUGAAGAGGAGGAGAAAGAGGAGGACGGGGACUUGUGUAGGAAGGAAGCCAUGAAAGCUUUGUGUAAUGUCAUCUACAACAGCCAGAGGGCGCAGGAGAGGGCCGGCAAACUAAGCCUCCUCUCUGGCCUGAUAAGGAGGCUGAAGCUGGGGAAUGAGAGCAGGGUGCAGUGCAGCGGGCAGUUUUAUGAACUGCGGCUGCUGUUUCUACUGACAGCCCUGAGGCCUGAGCUCAGACGACAGCUACAGCAGGAGCAUGGUGUGUCUAUGCUGACCACGGCCCUCGAGCAGUGUCUGGCCAUGCAGUGGGCAGACAGGUAUGAGGCGCUUAGCGACCAGUGGGCACCUCGUGUUUGCAGGGAGGCAUCUCAGAGAGCCAUCGAAAUCCUCAAGACGCUCUUCAACAUCACCUACAGCUUCCACAGGCAGGAGCCAGACGAGGAGGAUGCUGCACUUUAUCGCCACCUAGCGGCCAUACUUCGCCACUGCCUACUGCUGACCUGCGAUGAGGAAAACCUCCUGGAGGAAAUCCAAGGUCACACAGUGAACGUCCUUUCGGCGCUGCCCCUGAAAUGUCUGGAUGUCCUGCUGUCUGUUCGUAUGGACGAGGGCUCGCGCGAAUGGGAAGGUGUCAACAUGGACUGUGUCCAUACGCUGCUGCUCUUCAUGGAGAAACGGUUGGACAGGGGUCAAAAGCUGAAAGAGAAACUGACCCCGGUUCUGAAUCUGCUGACUGAAAGUUGCAAAGCACACAGAGAGACACGUCACUAUCUCCGUCAGCAGAUCUUGCCCCCGCUGAGGGAUGUGACUCUCAGGCCCGAGCAGGGGGCCACACUGAGGGGGCGUCUGGUCUGUUUGAUGACCCACGUGGACACUGACAUCAAGCACUGUGCUGCAGAGCUGCUCUUUGUGCUGUGCAAAGAGAACGUGAGCCGCUUUGUCAAGUACACUGGUUACGGCAACGCUGCCGGCUUGCUGGCAGCUCGCGGGCUGCUAAGCGGUGGCCAUGGUGUGGCCACCCACACUCAGUACUCCAGCGACUCAGACUCGGACACGGAGGAGUACCGGGAAGCCAAGGGGCAGAUCAACCCGGUGACAGGCCGGGUAGAGGAGGAGCAGCCUGACCCCAUGGAGGGCAUGUCGGAAGAGGAGAAGGAGCAGGAAGCACGUCGCCUCAUCAGCAUGUUCAACAGACUGUCCCGGGAUAAGAUCAUUCAGCCAAUGGGUGUGACAGCAGAGGGGAGACUGGCUCCACUGUGUGGCCAAAUGAGGGGCAGCACCCUGGAAGAGGAGGACGAGGAGGAGGAGGAAGAGGAAGGGGAGAGUGAGGACGACAUGGAUCAGUAA